AUACGCUUCUUUGCCGGCCGGCCUCGAUCCAGUCCUAUAAGAAGCGAGGAGGACCCGAAGGCUAUGCAUUGCGCUCAUCAUCUCAAAAGCUCUUCUUCUUCUCCUUAGUUGAUUUCAUCUUCAGUUGCUUGAGCUUAAUUACAGACUGAGAGAAGAUGUCUUGCAGCUGUGGAUCUAGCUGCAGCUGCGGCUCAAACUGCUCCUGCGGAAAGAAGUACCCUGACCUGGAAGAGAAGAGCAGCAGCACCAAGGCCACCGUCGUGCUGGGUGUGGCGCCGGAGAAGAAGGCGCAGCAGUUUGAGGCGGCCGCAGAGUCCGGCGAGACCGCCCAUGGCUGCAGCUGCGGUUCCAGCUGCAGGUGCAACCCUUGCAACUGCUAAGAUGCCUGCCUGCAUCUACCAUCUAUCAUGUGUGCGUGUGAAUUGUGAUGCAGAAAAAUAAAGAAGCUUGGCCAUUUGGGUUGGUGCUUGACCAAUAUAUAUGGGGUGUGUGUGUGUGUGUGAUGGGUUAAUCGAUGUGCUAUGUUAUUGGUUUCACUAUUCACGUACUAUGCUUGUAAUGGUGUAUCCACAGAUGAAGUGAUGAAUAUAUUAAACUGGUUUGGCUAUUAUUUCCUA